AUGCAGUAAUGAGAUUCUGAGAUGGAUCGAAUUCUACGUAUUAUGACGGAUCGAAACUUUUUUGUGCCGUAGUUGUCAAUACUACUUGUCAAUUGUUCUUCUUUCAACGCCAUUUCUGUUCUGUUAGUUUGCUUGGCUUGGCUUGGCUUGCGGGGAAAGACAUCGAACCAGGUAGUGCACUGAGGGAGGGGCCUCAGUACCCACACGCCGCGUUUCAACGCACAAUUUACAUACGAGUAUUUUCUUUGGUAUAUGCCGUCUCCUUCUCCAUGUUAUCUGCGACUGAGAGGCCUUUCUAUAUCCCAAAUCCAGAAGUUCAUCCCUAAGGAGUGGAAACAAAUCAAGUCAUCCGCAACCGGGGAACGUGAUGGUUCCAGGGUCGAUUCUCUUCUCACAUCUCUCCAAGACUUUGGAUCGAAAGGCCGUCUUUUUCAAGCCUUCAGGACCUUCUCUCUCAUCCAAUGCCAGUCUUCUUUUGGUGUUACCCGCGACGCAAUUUUGAAAGCCGUUUCUUUUCUUCUGCUGUCUUGCUCCGACCUGAAGUCACUUUCAGAGGGUAGACAGCUCCAUGCCUUCAUUAUCUGUUUAGGUCUUGACAAACAUCCCGUAUUGAUUCGCAAGCUGAUCAACUUUUACUCGGUCUUUAAUCUCCUUGCCGAUGCCCAUCUUGUAACUGAGACUUCGAAAAGUUUGCACCCUUUUCACUGGAAUUUGCUUAUCUCUGCUUACGUGAGAAACGGGCUUUCGCGGGAGGCUCUAUCCACCUAUGGGCAAAUGGUGAACGCUGGAAUUAGACCUGAUAAUUUCACAUACCCAUCUGUUCUCAAGGCUUGUGGUCAAGAACUAAAUCUGGAUUUAGGGAGGGAGGUUCAUAAGUCUAUUGAUGCUAGCCGUCUUGAUUGGUGUUUGUUUGUGCAAAAUGCCUUGGUCUCGAUGUAUGCCAGGUGUGGGGAAGUGGAUGAUGCUCGGAAGUUGUUUGACGAAAUGCCCGAAAAGGAUGUUGUUUCUUGGAACUCAAUGAUCUCUGGAUAUGCCUGCAAAGGUAGGUGGCGAGAAGCUUUUGAGCUUUUUGAAAGCAUGAGAAUGCAGGGAGUAGAAUUGAAUAUAAUAACCUGGAACACCAUAGCUGGAGGGUGCUUGAAAACUGGAAACUAUGAAGGUGCAGUUGAAUUGCUACCACAGAUGGAAACUUCUGGCAUUCCUCUGGAUUCUGUUGCAUUGCUUAUUGGUUUGGGUGCAUGCUCCCAUAUGGGUUCACUGAUAAUGGGGAAGGAGAUUCACUGCGUUGCAAUUCGUAGUAAUUUUAGUGGACUUCAUAAUGUUCAAAAUGCUUUAAUCAAUAUGUAUGCCAGGUGCAAAGACCUAAGGCAUGCACACAAUUUAUUCCAAUCAUUAGAAGCUAAGAGUAUGAUAAGUUGGAACUCUAUUAUUUCUGGUUACGCACACUGGGACUUAUCUGAGGAGGCCUCCUAUCUAUUUAGGAAGAUGUUGUUUUCUGGCAUUGAGCCUAAUUAUGUGACAAUUGCAAGUAUUCUUCCUCUUUGUGCCCGAGUGGCUAAUCUGCAACAUGGUAAGGAGUUUCACUGUUACAUUAUAAGGCGUGUUUGGCUCGAUGAUUACUUAUUACUAUGUAAUGCUCUUGUGGAUAUGUACGCAAGAUCUGGAAAAGUUUUUCUAGCAAGAAGACUUUUUGAUAUGCUAAGCAAGAAGGAUGAACUGACGUACACUUCAUUAAUAGCUGGUUAUGGGAUACAAGGAGAGGGACAUGCUGCAAUAAAACUUUUUGAAGAGAUGAUCAGGUUCCAAAUAAAGCCAGACCAUGUAACCAUGGUUGCUAUUUUGUCUGCUUGUAGUCAUUCGGGUCUUGUAACCCAAGGUCAUAUGCUUUUUGAAAAGAUGUUGACUGUCUAUGGUGUAAUUCCUCGUUUAGAGCACUAUUCUUGCAUGGUUGAUCUCUUUGGUAGGGCUGGUUUACUGAAGAAAGCAGAAGAGAUUAUCAGAAGGAUGCCUUACCACCCAAGCCCUGCUAUGUGGGUCACUCUUAUUGGAGCAUGUCGCAUCCAUGGAAACACAGAGAUUGGGGAAUGGGCGGCUGAAAAAUUGUUGGAAAUUAGGCCUGAAACUUCUGACUACUAUGUUCCGAUAGCUAAUAUGUAUGCUUCAGCUGGAUGUUGGAACAAGCUAGCUAGGGUAAGGACCUUCAUGAGGGACUUGGGUGUGAGAAAGGCUCCAGGCUGUGCUUGGGUUGAUGCGGGUGCUGGAUGUUCCCCUUUUUUCGUGGAGGACACAUCGAAUUCCCAAUCAAAUGAGAUAUACCCUUUGUUGGGGGGAUUGACAAAGCAGAUGAAAGAUGCUGGUUAUGUUGUUGCUGAGGAUUUUGAUUUGGAUGAUGAAUUUGAGGAGUAUGAUGAACAACUUCUGUUAGCAAAAUAAGCUCUUUGGUAAUUUUCUUGCAUACUCUUCUCAAGAAUCUUCUGAAAUGCCAUGCUACAUCCAAACGGUAAUAUACUAAUAACCAAUAGCAUUAAUGGAAUUUUAGUCCUCAUUGUUUUGUUAUUGUGGGACAUCCUCUGAUCAUCAUUGUAUUAACUUUUAUAUUUGUGUAUGUUUUUGUAUCUUGAAUCUGCGAUCUUGCUCUCUGGUAUAUAGUUGAUGUUUCAGUGGUAACCACUGGUUGAAUUCCCCCU